CAGACUAGAACCACACAUACUAUUUCUACCUGCACACGCAUCUACACACAUCUCUACACACACUGGAACCACACACACACAUUUACACACCUGUACACACAUCUAUACAUUUAAACACACUUCUACACUCUCUCUCACUAUGAGCAUGAAGUCAGCUCUGUCUCCAGUAGUUCUGCUGUUCUGCUGUUCAGCUGCUGUUUUAUUCCUGGUUAUAAUGAAAUGGCUGUACAGGCGACUCUGGUCCUCCAGCAGCAGUAGCGGCGGCGGCGGGUCGGUUCCCGGUCUGCCCUCCGUACCUGUGCUCGGCAGUCUGCUGCACAUGCGCUCUCCGCUUCCUCCUCACCUGUUCUUCACGCGGCUGGCGGGCAGGUACGGGCCGCUCUUCAGUCUGCGCGCGGGGCGGAACUACACGCUGGUGGUCAGUGAGGUCGGGCUGGCCAGAGAGGUGCUGCUGCACCGGGGGCGAGACUUCGCCGGAAGACCGCAGAUGGUCACUACAGCUCUGAUGACGCGAGGAGGGAAAGACAUCGCCUUCGCUGAUUACAGCCCACUGUGGAAAAAACACCGCAGACUUGUCCACUCCUCAUUCACUCUGUUCGGAGAGGGUUCCAGCAAACUGCAGAACAUCGUUCUAGAUGCUGCAGAAAGUCUGUGCUCUGACCUCCAGGCCUGCAGGGGGCAGCACGUGGAUUUAUGCCCGAUGCUGAUGAGGGCUGUAACUAACGUGGUCUGCAGGCUCGUGUUUAACUCGUCUUACCGCCCUCACGACCCCGAGCUUCAGCAGGUCAUGGACUACAACGACGGCAUCGUCCAGACCAUCGCCCGCGGAGGCCUGGUGGACAUCUUUCCCUGGUUACAGAUUUUUCCCAACAAGGAUUUGGCUAAAUUGAGGGAAUGUGUUUCCAUACGAGACAAACUGCUGACUAAAAAACUAGAAGAGCACAAGCUGACUUACACACCUGGAGAACCACGUGACCUGCUGGACGCCCUCCUGAUUGGUCAGAGCGGGUCAGCUGGUGAGGAUGACAUCACAGAUGAUCAUGUGUUGAUGACAGCAGCUGAAGCUUUUGGAGCCGGUGUAGAAACUACCUCCACCACUUUACUGUGGACUAUAGCCUUCCUCCUGCACCAUCCACAGGUACAGGACCGUCUCCAUGCUGAGCUGGAUGAGCAGGUGGGAAGGGACCGCCCCCCCGCUCUGAGUGACAGGUCCAACCUGCCAUUCCUGGACAGCGCUCUGUGUGAGGUCAUGAGGAUCCGCCCCGUCAGCCCUAUCCUCAUCCCACAUGUCGCUAUGCAGGACACCAGGUAA